CGGGGAGGAAGGACGUUAGCUUCUCUCUUAGCCGCAUUCAUGAAAGAGUUUACGCCGUACUCUCUACGUAGCUGCAGUGUAAAGCCGAGGUCGUCACUCCGCAAAAAAGGCACACAGGGCCCCCGAUGGAGUCGGUGCAAUCAGCUGUGCGUCAUUUCUCCUUACGAUAAACAAGUAAUGAACGGCGAGAACACGAGAUUGAACAAUGGAGGGGAUGCUUUACAAGUGGACCAAUUAUAUAAGUGGUUGGCAGCCUCGUUGGUUUGUGCUCGAUGGAGGAACUUUGUCUUACUAUGACUCACAGGAGGAUGCAUGGAAAGGAUGUAAGGGCAGCAUCAAAAUCUCAGUUUGUGAGAUCCAAGUCCAUUCCUCUGACUCUACCCGUGUGGACCUGACCAUACCAGGAGAACAGUACUUUUACCUCAGAGCCAUCAAUGCAGCAGAGAGGCAGAAAUGGCUGGUGGCAUUGGGAACAUCCAAAGCCUGCCUUACAGACAACAGAACAAAGAGAGAAAAGGAGCUUCAGGAGAACUCGGAGGCAUUGAAAACUAAGAUGUCAGAGCUCAGAUUGUACUGUGACCUUCUUCUCCAACAAGUAAACAAGAUCAAGGACAGUGACGAGCUUGGAGACUCAGAGGAGACAGGCAUAGACACUGGAAACAUGGUAAAGUCCACAUGCACUACUUUCCUUAAGACUCUAGAGGAAUGCAUGCAGAUAGCAAAUCGCACUUUUAGUUCAGAUGCGCCAUCACAGACUCCCCCAGGAUCUCCUCCAGUAGCAGCCAUCAAACCCCAGAAGAUCAAACCUGUCAACCAUUUAAAUCAGAGCCUUGGAGAAAAAUGGGGAGAUUUGGCUGAAACCUCAGGAGAAGCAAUUGCACACGAUAACCAGAGCCUUGACUCUGGAGCAGAGGGACCAGAUGAACCAGGUCGACCAGAACAUCAUCUUCCCUCAUCAGAUAUCGAUGAAAGCAACAACAGCUCAGUCCACGAGGAGCAAGUCGAUCCUACUGCACACACUAGCCCGAAUACCUCUGAGAUCGAACACUACGAGGAGCCCCCGGAGGGAGAUGAGGAACACGAAGCUGAUGAUCAACAGGUGACCAAACAGGAGCAGAAUCACAAAGUGGACCAAAGUCAAGAGCACGACAACAACAACACGGAAGAAAACGGCGUCCAGCCGCAGCAGCAACACCAGGCCGUCGUGGGCCGAGAGGAGCCUCAGAACGAAGAUGAGCCUUCCAGAGAUUCAACAGAGCCUGAAGACACAGAGCAGGUGGAAACUUUCUUCAGCACAAUGAGUCACAGAUUUAGUGAUAUAAGACUGGACGACGACAAUGGUAUCCCUACACAAGAGUUUUUGGACUCAUGCUAUGCAAUAGUGCCUGUAUUAGACAAACUGGGGUCCACAGUCUUUGCACCAGUUAAAAUGGAUUUUGUUGGAAAUAUCAAGAAAAUAAACCAGAAGUUGAUGUCGGACCCUGACAGCUUCCCCACACUGCAGUCCAUCGUGCUGCAUGAAGUCCAGACAGAUGUUUGCCAGGUGCGGAACUCGGCCACGGAGGCUCUGCUGUGGCUCAGACGAGGCCUGAAGUUCCUUAAAGAGUUCCUGUCAGAGGUCAAUGCAGGAGAACGAGACAUCCAGGGAGCACUAAAUAACGCAUAUGGAAAGACCCUUCGACAGUACCAUGGUUGGGUUGUGCGAGGGGUGUUUGCUUUGGCCCUGAGAGCUGCUCCGAGUUAUCCAAGUUUCACCGCUGCCUUAGUGUCAAGAGUGGGCGACGAGCUGAAGAGCGGCUUCACCACUGGCAUGCACAGGGACCUGGGUGUGUACCUGCCUGCCAUGGAGAAACAGCUGGGCCUCCUGGAUGCCCUGUAUGAAGAAUAUAACCUGGAGUCUGACGAGGUUGUGUGAAACUCAGAACAAAGACGCGAUCGAAGCUCAAGGAAGGACGGCGCCUGACCGCAGGGGCAGAGUAGUGUCUUAACUGCUGAAGGAAGGUGCCAAGUGUAUCUUGUGUACAAUAUAAUGUGAGCAUGUCCCGUGCCAGUGUGAGGUGUUUCCAGUGAUGCUUAAACUCUACGACAGUAGAGCGGCAAGAAUUGAUGAUGGUAUUAAUGUUGUAGGAGUCUACAAGGGAAAAAGCAUUGGCUUGACAAAAUUUAGAUUCCAGGUCUUGUUCAAAAGACCAUUAAAGGGAUAUAUGGCCCCGUUAUGAAAACUCCAACCAUAAUUAUUCUGGUGCAGAUUUUUUCGCUGUAUCGUGGCUUGUUACGUACUUCACCAUGUUUUAGUACAUAAACACAAGGUAUUUGACUGGACUUCCCGGGAACAUCCUUUUUGAUUUCCCUCGAACUGAUGAAAAUGCAAAGAAAUUCUUAACCAAGAUUGUUUCCCUGGAAUCAUGAAACAAGGUGAUACUCGCUACUAUCACAAAGCACCGUUCUGACAAAAACAAUGUCAGAUUGUUACAAUGCCCAAUCUAUGCCUUAAGUAUGUGAUGAACCUACAUACCAGGCUAACUUUUAGUGUAUUGUGUAGACACUUUCCCUGCACUGACUUUUGAUGUUAAGUGGAGAUUAUAAUCAAUGUUUAUUUAGUUUCUUUCCCACUUUGUUAACAUAAAUCCACACGUUUAGAAAUGUACAAUUAGUACUGAAUCACUUUCGCUUCAGAGACUUUCCAUGGGACCAAAAAGGAGCUGUCAUGUGAAUGGCUUUAGCCUCUGCUGCCUACAGUACCGCAACACACACACAAAUGAAAUUGACUGAUAACUGCUGAGUAUUUAUGUGGACAUCCUCUGCACAAACCUAUGCAUUUCCACAGUGUCUAUUUAUUGUGUGUUAAGUUAUAAAGUGGACAUUAAGGUCAUCAGGAUACUUUCAGUCUGGCUUUUCUGUGAAUGUGUCCACAGAGCAUGUUUAUUGAUUGCAUGGUUUUAUUUAUUAAAUAAUCUAGGUGCCAAUGGAAACUGAAUAUAGAUCAUGGUCUUGAGGUAACCAAGUAAAUUAAUAAUAGUAAUCGCAAGGGGAUAGAUUGUGAGAGUAAGAAUAAAUAGCUUCUCCAUUUCUUUACCAAUAAUGAUCAAUAACCUUCAGAAUAUUUGCUAGAAAUAUUUCCACCUUCUCAUCCACACACACUUCAGUGUCGUCACCAGCUGUAAUUAAUACUCUAUGAUGUCAGUUCAAUAAUUAAAAACAAAGAGGCCUAAAGGUUAAAGCAUGGCAGUAGAUUCACUGAGCUCUUUGAACAAAGUAGGAACAUCCUCCCAGGGCUUUUUUACUGAAACGUACCACAUAGUAUUUUUCAUUUUACGUAAGUCUCUAUUUUUUUCUUUUUUUUUCAGUAAUGCAUACAGUGACCCUCGAGUUUAACUAAGAGGUCAUUUGCAGCAGGUUUACUUUGCAGAUGUGCAUUAGGCCAAUGUCCUGUUGCAGAUGAGUUCUGAAGUUAAUCCUGAAAAUAUGUUAUUGUAAUAUUAUAAACAUUUGUUUUGUUUUUCUAUGAAUGUAUAUAAGAUGCUAUUUGAUUUUUACUUAAUAAACAGCUACAUUGUC